GACAUCACGGCGGAGGAGCGGGCUGGGAUCCGGAGCCGGGCGCGCGUGUGGCUGCGCGUGCCAUUGUUACCGAGCGGGGCGCGCACGGGAGGGAGCCGCUUUCCCCGCGCGGAUGGGCCGCGGAGCCUCCAGCCUCUUCCCCCCCGCAGCCGCCUCUCGGAGCCCCGGGGUCCCCGGGCUGCCGCCGCCCCCCGCCCUCCCUCGGCCCGCCCAGCUCCCGGAGGAGAGACGCCAAGACAUGGAGCGCGGCAGCUCGCACGGGACCAGCUAGAGGAGCGCAGCAACGUGGACUGGAAAUUAACCAGCCUCCGCGCAAAGCCCGGCUCGGCGGCGGGGCCCAGCGCCAGGAUCCGGCGGGGGCGCAUGGGGAUUUUGCCCCCCCAGGAAGGGCUCCGACCUGCCCCCAGGCUCCGGAGGGGGAGGCGGUGAAGGGGAGCAUGACCUGCCCGCUUGGAUCCGGGGCUCGGCGGUGCUAGGGGGGGACAGCCCGGCGGCAGGAGGAGCGGGGCGAGCAGCCCCAGCCGGGAGGCUGUGCGCGGUGGAAUCGGUGGAUUUUUUCCCCCAGGGCAGCCUCGCCCUCCAAGCCGCCGUUUGCUUUGCGGUGCCCUUUGCACUAUUUGGGGGGGCGCAAGCCAACCGCUCCUCCGCUCCCCGCGUCCGUGCGAGGCAGGAACGCCGAUGGCUCUCCGGCUGCAGCCCAGUUGCCCUGGGUGCUGGUGGACUCCUGGAGUUUGCUUGCUGCUGGCGUCCCUCUUCCCAGGGCUGCGGGCUCAGACCGUCCUGGUCAAUGACACGGUCUCGGGGUUCAUCGGGACGGAUGUGGUCCUUCACUGCAGCUUCACCAACCCGCGCUCCGAAGUGAAGAUCACGCAGGUCACGUGGCAGAAGGCCACCAAUGGCUCCAAGCAGAACGUGGCCAUCUUCAACCCCGCCAUGGGGGUCUCCAUCCUCUCCCCUUACAAAGAGCGCGUGGCCUUCCGAAACCCCUCCAUUAAGGAUGGCACCAUCCAGCUGUCCCGGCUGGAGCUGGAGGACGAGGGCGUGUACAUCUGCGAAUUCGCCACCUUCCCUACCGGCAACCGGGAGAGCCAGCUGAACCUCACCGUGCUGGCCAAGCCCACCAACCGGAUGGAGGGCACCACCCGGCCGCUCAUAGCCCGCUCCGGCAUGACAGAAAAGAUCCUGGUCGCCACCUGCACGUCCUCCAAUGGGAAGCCACCCAGCACCGUCACCUGGGACACCAAGCUCAAAGGGGAGGCAGAGUUCCAGGAGAUCCGCAACGGCAACGGCACCGUCACGGUGAUCAGCCGGUACCGCCUGCUGCCGAGCCGGGAGGCCCACCGGCAGCAGCUCAUGUGCGUCGUCAAUUACCAGCUGGACCGUUUCACCGACAGCAUGACCCUCAACGUGCUGUACGAGCCAGAAGUCACCAUCGAGGGCUUUGAUGGCAACUGGUUUUUGAACCGGAAGGACGUGAAACUGACGUGCAAAUCUGACGCCAACCCGCCCGCUACCACCUACCAGUGGAGGCUGCUGAACGGCUCGCUGCCCGAGAGCGUCGAAGUCCAGAACAACACCCUCUUCUUCAAAGGGCCCGUCUCCUACAGCCUGGCGGGGACGUACAUCUGUGAGGCCACCAACACCAUCGGCACCCGCUAGGGGAGGGAUCACGUGAGGAUUACCUAAUUCCCCUCCACCCCGCCUCCAAACGAUGACCGCAAAUCGGUGGCGCAGCCGAACAUCCCCACGGCCGUGAUUGGGGGCGUGGUGGGCGGCGUCUUGCUGGUCCUGGUGGUGGCCGUGGUGCUCUUUGUGGUGCUCCGGCGCCGGCGUCACACCUUCAAGGGCGACUACAGCACAAAGAAGCACGUGUACGGCAACGGGUACAGCAAGGCGGGCGUCCCGCAGCACCACCCGCCCCUGGCCCAGAACCUGCAGUACCCCGACGACUCGGACGACGAGAAGAAGCCGGGCCCGCUCGGGGGCAGCAGCUACGAGGACGAGGAGGAGGACGCCGGAGGCGAGCGCAAGCCGGGCCUGGCCAACAAGUACGAGGAUGACGCCAAGCAGCCUUACUUCACGGCCCACACGGAGCCCUACGGCGAAAGGACACUCGGUUUCCAGUACGACCCUGAGCAGCUCGACCUGGCUGAGAACAUGGUCUCCCAGAACGACGGAUCUUUUAUUUCCAAAAAAGAGUGGUACGUGAGGACGCCGGAGGCGAGCGCAAGCCGGGCCUGGCCAACAAUGCCAUACACGGCUUUCAUGCCAUAG